CUGUCAAGUUUGUUUUUAUUUUUGUUUCAAAAUCAAUUUCGCCAACCUAUUUUCACAGCUGAAUUUGGCCAGUGGCCACUUGAAAAUUAACAAGCCGGAAAGCGCUAAUCCGAAAUCCAACGGAGGAUCCGCCAGUAGUAGGAGAAUAUUGUGCAGAGUUCACAGAUUGUGGAGGAUUCUCCAGAGGAUACGAACAACUUUUUCACACAGAGCGACGUUUUGCGGCAGGAACGGCGCCGGAAGCCGGACAAACCGGACGAUUUUGUGACGUACGAGGAUUCGGACUCGGAGGAGGAAACACCAACCCAGCAGCACCAGGUCCUGAGCACAUCGUUUAAUUUUGUUGAUUACGUGCGCAGCCGGGAGUCGGACCUGACCGAGGAGCGGAACGUAGACCCGUCCUACACCAGUCGGCACAUUUUGACGCACGACAUGUUCAAGGAAACGCCGCGCAAUGGCUCAGCAAUCGGCAGGUCGUGUUCGGAACCAAGUGCAACAAGCUGAUGGUGUACGACGUAAACACCCGCAAGGUGGACGCAAUCCCGACGUUGCCCAACAGCCGCGGCACCAGUCCGGACACGCAGUCGGGGAUCCACGCGUGCCAGAUCAACCCGAGCAACAGUAUGCUGGCGAUGGAAGCGCGCCACUCGGCCGACAUUGCCAUCUACCGGCUGCCGACGAUCGAUCCGCUGUGCAAACCGUCACACUCUAAAGAACGCAACCAACUUCGAUUGUGCCCAGGGUACAAUCCUGAGGAUGCACGCGAUGCACGAGAACAAAGAGGACAGACGAUGCUGGCAACUUCCGGUUACCGUUCAUGGUGAAGUGAUUUCAUUAUGUACUUCAUGAAUUGCCAUGAACGCCACAGAAGCCGUGCGUUAUUAAGAUCUGAAAUCGUACUGCAGGACGUGGCCAAUUUAGACGAAAUAAGUUUCCGUCCUGGCAGAUUGCUUU